GGCUGGGCGAGAUAGCUCCAACGAUGUUCUCCUCGUCAUCCAAACCCUCUUCAUUCACCCCCUGGACGUCCAUGGAGCAGGCGGACUGCGACGUGCUGGACAUUAGCACCAAGGUGCAGCUACACGGGGUGCUCUGGAAGAGGCCCUUCGGCAGGCCGGCCGCUAAGUGGUCUCGCAGAUUCUUCAUCAUCAAAGACAGUUUCCUGCUCUACUAUGCAGAGAAUGAGAAGAGAAGCUUUGAGACCAAUCGAUUCUUCAACAUCCAUCCGAAGGGUGUCAUCCCAUUGGGCGGCUGUGUUGUGGAUCAUAAGGAGGACCAGGGCAUGCCGUUCGCCAUGGUGAUAAAUCAUGAGGACUUCACGGGUGACAUUGUCCUGGCUGCUGACAGUGAGAUAGAGCAGAAUCAGUGGCUGGAGAUGUUGCAGGAGUCUGGCAAAGUCACAUGGAAGAAUGCCCAGCUGGGAGAGGCCAUGAUAAGGAGCCUGGAGGCCCAGGGUCUGAAGCUGGCCAAGGAGAAGCAGGAGUACCUGGUCAAGCUGAUGGAGGAGACGGAAGAACUGAGUGUGCAGAGGGAACAGAAGGAGGAGCUGGAACGCCUCAACCUAGUUCUGGAGGAGGAGAAGCUAAAGUUUGAGGAGGUUGUUCUGGAGCUCCGGGCCGAGCAGGAGCAGAUCAAACUUGACCUGGACGGCACAGCUCAGUCCCUGAAAGGUGUGGAGUCGGAAAAAGAGGAACUGAACAGCUUGACAACACUGCUGCAGAAAUCUAUUGAGGAGCUGUCCCAUGAGAAGGAGCGAACCCUGGAGCUCCUGAAGGAGAAGGAACAGGAGGAGGGGGAGGAGGUUGCAGAGGAGGAGCAUCAGAAGGAGGAUCCGGACCAGGCAGCACUGCCAGGAGGCGCAGGACUGAGAUCUGAACUCAGACACAUCGAAGAACAGAUGAGGGAACUACAGAAAGAUAAAGAACAGGCAGAGGAGAGGCUGAAGGAGAACCAGCAGCGUGCCAAGGUUCUGCAGGAGGAGAGAGAGUUCUAUUCCUGUCAGUCCCGGACUCUGCAGCAGUCCCUGACUCAGCUCACUGUGGAUAAACAGCAGACAGAGGCUGAACUCAAGGCAGAAAUUGAGUCCCGUGUGGUGUUAGAGAGGAGGCUGAAGCAGGCUGAGGAGGCUCUCCUGAACCUGGAGAAAGGCCUCAGCUCUCUAGAGCGCUCCAAGGAGAGGGACGACAAGAUGAAGGGAGAUGUCAACCAGCUUAGGAAGUUUUUUGAGGAGUGUAUCUGUGCAGCAGAGAUCGAGGCCAAGCUCCCUUCAAUAAUGAAGAAUGCUGUGUAUCUCCACAAGGCUGCAGCGCGGCGCAUUAAGAGCUGCCGGAUCCAGGGACGCACCUCCAGACAACACUGGUUGAAACACUCCCAAUCGUUUGCUGCUGCCAGUGGCGACAGUACCAGUAUGGAGGAUCUGAGGGAAACUGCAAGGCGACUGACCUCCGACAGCUGCUUCAGGAAAUGUGUAGAAGGUCAUCACACAGUACGACCAGGGGAAUGCCAAGAAAGAAGACUGACAGAAAGAUGGAGAGAGAGUCAAGAGAAAGAGUCAGAUUUGAAGGAGAGAGAACGUGGAAGAGAGUUGAGAAAGAGAGGGUCUAGUGAGAGGCUGAUCUCUCCAGAGUAGUGGACUGUUCUGUUAUCUGGUCAGUGUGCUGGACUGUAGUUGGGUCAGGAUCAAUUUAAGGAUGUCAUCUGUUUAACGGACAGAGCUUGGUUGCAAUCAAAUUGCACUAAAAGCUUUUUAUUUAAAGGAAAUCCAUGUUUGCUGUAUAAACUAAACCAACUUAUACUACCCUAAAGCUUCAAAGGCAAAUUGAAUGCAAAAAUAUACCAACCCGUUUCCAAAAAAGUUGGGACACUGUACAAUUGUGAAUAAAAACAGAAUGCAAUGAUGUGGAAGUUUCAAAUUUCAAUAUUUUAUUCAGAAUACA